AUGGCACUAUUCGCAACAACUACUACUACAACAGAUAUCUGGGACAACUGUGGAACCGAUGCCAACCCAACGCCAUGUCCGGUUUCAACCUCAUCUUCAGAAAGCUCCACCCCCUUAUCCACAACAAUCGAGUCCUCAACCGCAACCACAGAGCCCACGCCCAAUCACGCGCCGCAUCCCAUGAUAAGCUCCGUAGGCUAUAUUCUUAUGGGUGUCGCAAUCCCCAUCGUCAUAAUCCUAAUAGGGGCCUGCAUAUUCUACUGGAGACGGCGACGCCAUGCUGCUGCCGCCGCUACCGCCACCCCACCAUUGGAGCCUGCCUUCCCAAUCGAAAAGAAUCAGUCGGAUGCGGAGAAGGGGUAUGGAGAUGUGCGAUUAGACACGGCGGUUUCGGAAUUGGACCCAGGACCAGGAGGAAUGGGGAAAGUGUUUAUUGCUGAGCUUGAUGGGUCGUCGAUGGUGGGGUGCAUGGAAUUAGACUCAAGCCCGGUUAUGUCUAUGAGUCCAGGGACUGGGAUAAAAGGUAACUUGUUCGUUUCGGGUGCUGCGAGCAUGAGAAACAGUCAGUUCUCUGCGGUUUCGGGUGUGAGUGCGGGUACGGGAACAACUUCGAGCAUGAGGGGUGCCGGAUUUGCGGGUGCUAGUGCGAAUUCAGGUUCUGAUAUGGGUUCUCGUGUUGGCGCGGGUGUAGCCACGGGCGUAAACAAUAACGCGUUUAUUGCGGAACUCGAGGCUCCUCUAGAUACAAGUAAGGUAGAUAAGAAGAGACUGGAGUUGGAAGGAAAUGACGCGCCGCAGAUUACAGAGGUCGAGAUUCCUAGCUCCAUCCUGUUUACGGUCAAGAAGGGGUCAUCCGGGGAAAAUUAG